AGCUGCUGCAGCGCAUCAUCACCACCGACCGGUACCACUCGCGCUUCCCUCGACCUCGGGUGGAGGACAUAGCCGAGAGGAGCUUGACGAUGUGUCAAAUCCGAUGAGUUUCGGGUUCGGCGGAGCGGCGGGAGGGCCUUCUUCGUCGUCCGGUAAGAAACGGUUUCGGACGAAGUUCUCGCAAGAGCAGAAGGAUAAGAUGCUGGCAUUCGCUGAAGCAGUGGGUUGGCGGCUUCAGAAGCAUGAUGAUGCGGCAGUGCAACAGUUCUGUAACGAAAUAUCGGUUAAGCGUCACGUUCUCAAGGUUUGGAUGCACAAUAACAAGCACACCCUUGGUAAGAAACCGUGAGAUCAUCCUAUUUCUUCAUUUGUGUCGGCUUCUGCUUAUCUAGCUAGCUUUUGUUUUUGCUUCUUUCGGUUUAUUUCAGGUUUUUUAGUUGGUGCGUUGGUUUAAUCACUUUUUAUGUUGGGUAGAGAGGGGAAUGAAUGGGCCAUUGCUCAUUGAGUUGGUUGUUAUAUUUUAGAAACUUGUGGAUGGGGAAGGGGGAAGUGUC